CGCUGUCGUUUAUCCCCUCUCAGUUUCCCGGUCCCCUUUGUCUUCGGUUCUUGUCGUUCUUCACCCAUUAGCAAGCCAGUAAUCCAAGUUCCUCUCUCCAAUCCUGAUUGCUGGUUACUCUCCUCUAUCAGCGGAGCUGUUUCUGUAGUCCUUUUGAAGUUUCUGUCCAGAUCCAGAUGUGUUUGUAGGUAACAUUUAAUGUUUGUAGCUGAAUUAUAAUAUGAAUAAGUUAUUGGAGUUUGGGAGGAAAGCACUUUUCUAUGUGAGGGUUCUUUCUGGUUAUGAAGAACGUCGAAUUCGAAAUUUUAGAUUACAGCUUGAGAGGCGUCUCCAACAGUUACUCCAGCGUGUUGCAUGCGGUAAAUCCACUUGCAUUAGAAACAAUGUCUCUGUACAGGCAGAAGAAAGAAAGGCUGCCUUGAGAAAGAUCCCUGAGCAGGCUAUAUUAUCAGAGGUUCGCCGUAUGGUUGAGGAGAUGCAAACUUUAAACAAGAAGCUAGAAGAAACUGAGGCAGCCAUUGAAGAGUACUUUAAGCCAAUUGACAAGGAAGCUGAAAUUAUAAUGAAGAUGCAGCUUGAAGGGGAAGAUAAGUCGAUGAAGGAGAUGAUGAAGGCUAUGCAAACGCAAGCUACGCUUGAAAAAGCUGAAGCUGAAAAAACCGCAAAUGCACAAAUACAGGCUAUGCUUGAAAAAGCUGAAGCUGAAAGAACCGCAAAGGCACAUAAUUUUGAUGGAAAACAACAAAUCCAGGAGACAGAUUCCCCCACCAAGCAGCAUUCUCAGAUGAGAUGAAUUUGGCAGUGACUUUACUUAAAAAGAGUAGAACUAGCUUUGCAAGAGUGUAUCUCUCCCUUUGGCUUUAUUUUUUGGGAUAUGCUUUCUGAGAUCUAAUAGGGUCCUAUAAUCCACUUAAACAGUUUGAAUAAGUUGAAACAGCUCUGUGAAAUUUAGAUAAGAAGUUUUCUCUAUAUAUUGUCGAAAAUUAUUUGCUCUGAUUGCAGAGAUAAUGGUAUAAGUCAGGAAUGUUAUAUUGCA